GCUGUAUUCGCGGGUGCUUUUGGGAAAAACGGUUUGAACCAAUCAGCGCUCGCUCUCACAGGAACCCGGGAGUUCACGAGGGGAUGUGUUUAGCAUAGCGGCUAAAGUGAAAUCAUCCUAUUAUAGCCGCUGUAAGGAUUCACAUUCAGCGAGGUGGAUAUGGAUACUGAGGGCUUCGGGGAACUCCUGCAGCAGGCAGAACAGCUUGCGGCAGAGACUGAGGCCGUGUCCGAGUUGCCCCACGUUGAGCGAAACCUACAGGAGAUCCAGCAGGCAGGAGAGCGACUACGUUCCCGCACUCUCACCAGAACCUCUCAAGACACAGCUGACGUAAAAGCCUCCAUCCUCCUGGGCUCUCGGGGUCUUGAUAUCUUCCAUAUCUCCCAGCGUCUUGAGAGUCUCAGUGCAGCCACUACAUUUGAGCCUCUUGAGCCAGUCAAGGACACUGAUAUUCAGGGCUUUCUGAAGAACGAGAGAGACAAUGCACUGCUGUCAGCCAUCGAGGAAUCGCGCCGCAGGACGUUUCUGUUGGCGGAGGAGUACCACAGAGACUCUAUGUUGGUGCAGUGGGAGCAGGUGAAGCAGAGAGUUUUGCACACCCUGCUGGGAGCUGGAGAGGAUGCACUGGACUUCAGCCAGGAAGUGGAGCCCAGUUUCGUGAGUGAGGUCGCAGUUCCAGGACGCAGUGCACUGGACAGUGUAGAAGUUGCCUACAGCCGACAGAUCUACAUCUUCAAUGAGAAGAUAGUAAAUGGGCAUCUUCAGCCCAACCUGGGAGAUCUCUGUGCCUCAGUGGCCGAGCUGGAUGAUAAGAACGUUUCAGACAUGUGGCUCAUGGUGAAGCAGAUGACAGACGUUCUGUUAGUGCCGGCAAAAGACACGCUGAAGAGUCGAGUGUCUGUGGACAUGCAGAUGGCCUUCGUCAGACAAGCUCUACAGUUUCUGGAGAACAGCUAUAAAAAUUACACUAUGGUCACUGUGUUUGGGAAUCUGCACCAGGCACAGUUGGGCGGAAUACCUGGCACUUAUCAGCUCGUAUGCAGCUUCCUAAACAUCAAGCUGCCGACCCCGCUGCCAGGCAUGCAGGACGGCGAGGUGGAGGGGCAUCCAGUGUGGGCUCUGAUCUAUUUCUGCCUCCGUUGCGGAGACCUGUCUGCCGCCAUGCAGGUGGUGAACAGGGCACAGCAUCAGCUGGGAGACUUUAAGAUCUGGUUUCAGGAAUACAUGAACAGCCCCGACCGACGUUUGUCUCCAGCCACAGAGAAUAAACUACGACUUCAUUACCGACGUGUGCUGAGGAACAGCGCCGACCCCUACAAGCGUGCGGUCUACUGCCUCAUCGGCAAAUGCGACAUCGCCGACAAUCAUGGAGAGGUGGCCGAUAAGACAGAGGACUACCUCUGGCUCAAGCUGAAUCAAGUGUGUUUUGAUGAGGACGGUAGCAGUUCUCCUCAGGACAGAAUGACUCUCGCCCAACUUCAGAAACAGCUACUGGAGGACUACGGUGAAUCCCAUUUCUCAGCCAGCCACCAGCCGUUCCUGUACUUCCAGGUGCUUUUCCUGACUGCACAGUUUGAGGCGGCCAUAGCGUUCCUUUUCCGAGUGGAGCGUCUGCGCAGCCAUGCCGUUCACGUAGCUCUGGUGCUGUACGAGCUCAAACUGCUGCUCAAAUCAUCAGGCCAGAGCGCACAACUCUUGAGCCAAGAGGCUGGAGAUCCUCCAAUGGUGCGAAGGCUGAACUUCAUCAGGCUGCUUAUGCUCUACACCCGCAAGUUUGAGUCCACCGAUCCACGAGAGGCACUACAGUACUUCUACUUCCUCCGGAAUGAGAAGGACAGUCAAGGAGAAAACAUGUUCAUGCGCUGUGUCAGCGAGCUAGUCAUCGAGAGUCGGGAGUUUGAUAUGCUUCUUGGAAGGCUCGAAAAAGAUGGAAGCAGAAAGCCCGGCGUGAUUGACAAGUUUGCCGGAGACACUCGGGCCAUCAUUACCAAGGUAGCCUCGGAGGCCGAGAACAAGGGAUUGUUUGAGGAGGCCGUGAAACUGUACGAGUUAGCCAAGAAUGCUGAUAAGGUUCUGGAGCUAAUGAACAAACUGCUCAGUCCAGUUAUCGCUCAAGUCAGCGAGCCCCAGUCCAACAAAGAACGACUCAAAAACAUGGCAGUGGCUAUUGCUGAAAGGUACCGUACCAAUGGUAUAGCUGGGGAGAAGUCUGUGGACAGCACCUUCUAUCUGCUUCUGGACCUCAUGACGUUCUUUGAUGAGUACCACGCCGGCCACAUAGACCGAGCCUACGAUGUGAUUGAAAGGCUAAAGUUGGUUCCCUUAAGUCAGGACAGUGUUGAGGAGCGGGUUGCAGCCUUCAGAAACUUCAGUGAUGAGGUCAGACAUAAUUUGUCAGAGGUUCUUCUGGCCACGAUGAAUAUCCUGUUCACGCAAUACAAGCGUCUAAAGGGGGCUGCAGCAGGCACACCGGGAAGACCACAGCGUACCCUAGAGGACAGAGACACGCUGCUGCGCAGUCAAGCCCGGGCUCUGAUCACAUUUGCCGGAAUGAUUCCGUAUCGGAUGGCUGGAGAUACCAAUGCCAGACUGGUUCAGAUGGAGGUCCUAAUGAACUGAAAUAUCCCACCCCACCCUUCUCCAGAAACUCUCCUUCAUUGUCCUCAUUCCAUCAUUAUUUUGUCAACUUAUAUUUGUAUUUUUUUCCAUGAUUUGAAAUAAUAAAAAAAAAAAUUCAGUUCA